AUGUCGCUCUACGACGUCUGGCAAGCAGCCGCAGGCAGCCCUUUCCAGCCCAUAGUUGGCAAGGAAAGCCAGUUGACCAUCGGACUGUUUUUGUUGCUUAUUGGCCUGAUACUCACUGGACUCUUCGCAUUAAACAAAUCUCCUCUUUCUAUACCUGUCUUCGGAAUCCCUGCCUCUCUUGCAUUUGGAUUUGGUGCAGUCUACGCGAUCUGCGGGUUUGGGGUCUAUGUUUAA